CGCAAAACGCUCCACGAGGGCUAACGUGUGGGUUCACGACACCCCCGUCGUAUUUCUCCCUUGUUGUAAGUAAAGGCAGCCUCAGACUAACAGGAUGACUACCGUCCUGCCGACACUUCCACUCCGUCUGAGCGAGAAGCGCGAUGACGUCUCAGACGAGGACUCGGACAGCAAGCGUGAAGAUUCGACCUACAGUGUCGUCGAGGCACCACCGCUUGGUGAGUCCGUCUCCGACAAAGAUGGCAAGCGGCCUUUCUGGACGCGCAAAAAGCGGAACCCAGAGGACAUUGCUACCCAGCCUUCUGUCUUUGAUGACCCCGUCACCCUCGAGAUCUACCGCCCGCCGCUGCAGUGGGAGAAUGCUCAUCGUUUCGACCCCCUCUUCCGGUGGACGUGGGCAGAGGAGUUUAAACUCGUCAGAAAGAUCGACUUCAAGAUCAUGAUUUGGGCAUGGCUGAUGUUCUUCUGCCUGGACUUGGAUCGUACCAACAUCUCUCAGGCCAACACUGACAACUUCCUGAACGAUCUCCACAUGACCACCGACGACUUCAACCUCGGUAAUACUCUGUUCAAAGUCUGCUUCUUGGUUGCCGAGCUGCCCUCCCAGCUGUUGUCCAAGCGUAUCGGGCCUGACCGUUGGAUACCAAGCCAAAUGUUCCUUUGGAGCAUCGUCUCUUUCAGUCAAUAUUGGCUGAGCGGACGGGGAAGCUUUUUGUUGACAAGAUGUCUUCUCGGCUUUCUUCAGGGUGGUUUCAUUCCUGACGUCAUCCUCUAUCUUUCCUACUUUUACACCAAGAACGAACUGCCUAUCCGUCUCGCUUGGUUCUGGGUAUCGAACUACGCGGACCAGAUUGUCGGAGCCUUCCUUGCAACAGGCAUUCUCAAGCUGCGUGGACAUAACGACGUUGCUGGAUGGAGAUAUCUGUUCCUCAUCGAGGGCGUGUUGACUUGUCUCGUCGGGUUGUUCUCAUUCGUGAUGAUGCCUCCAGGUCCUACGCAAACGAAAGCCUGGUGCCGUCCGAAGGGCUGGUUCACCGAGCGGGAAGAGAAGAUCAUGGUCAACAGAGUCCUGCGCGACGAUCCUUCUAAGUCUGGCAUGCACAAUCGCCAAGGCCUGAGCAUCAAGAUGAUUUGGAGUUGUCUCAAGGAUUGGCGGAUGUGGCCGCUAUACAUUCUUGGACUGACCUUCCUCGUCCCAGUCACUCCUCCGCAGACCUAUCUAACAUUAUCUCUUCGCAACCUCGGUUUCAACACGACACAAUCCAAUUUACUUUCUAUCCCGUCCACAGCGCUGGGCAUCGUCCUUCUCCUCGUUUUCUGCUACCUCAGCGAGCUCAUCGACAGUCGCACGAUCUCCAUGCUCACACUGCAGUUAUGGGCGCUCCCGUUGCUCAUCAUCUUGUAUUCGUUCAACGAGCAUACUUCUCAAUGGGUGUACUUUGCCGUUGUCAGUCUCAUCAUCGCGUACCCCUACGUACAUCCCGUCCAGGUUGCAUGGGCCUCGACCAACUCGUACAGCGUUCAAGGUCGUACGGUGUCUGCGUCGGUGUACAACAUGUUCGUGCAAGCCGGUGGUGUUGUAGCGGCGAAUAUCUACCGCACUGAUGACCAGCCCCUCUACAAGCGUGGUAAUCGCGCGCUCAUAGGCAUCGCCGUCAUGAACAUUAUUUUGUAUCUUCUGACAUGGUUGUUCUAUCGUGAGAUCAAUCGACACAGAGACCGCAAAUGGAAGGCCAUGACACCGCAGGCACGUUGGUCAUCCCGUCUAAUAUCUUCCUACUAA